AUGGAGGGGAAUGUUUCGAGAUUCGUCGCCAUCGCUUGCAACCCGUCGCGUACGCGCAGUCCCGUCCAAAGCCCACGCUCACUCCCUUCCAUCGCCCACGAUCUCUGCCCUCGAACGAGCACGCUCCCUCCCCUCCCGUCGCCUUCGCGCACUCCCCUCUCGUCGCACACGCUCACUCCCCUCCGUCGCCCACGCUCACUGCCUUCCCGUCGCCCACGAUCACUCCCCUCCGUCGCCCAUGCUCAAUCCCUUCCGUCGCCCACGCGCACUCCGCUCGAACGAGCACGCUCACUCCCCUUCCGUCGCCCACGCUCACUCCCCUCCGUCGCACACGCUCGCCCACGCAUCCCCAUCCCGUCGCACCAUUCCUUCGUUUCCCCCAUCCGCGCUACCUCACAUGUCUCUGUUCCAACCGUCCUCCUUCCUCAUUCCCUCCCUCCCUCCCUCCAUCCCUCCCUGACUCCUCGCCACCAUCCGCCCUGCCAACCUACCUCCCUUCCUCAUUUCCUCCAGUUCUCCCUACCUUCCUCCCGUUCUCCCAUCUCGUCUCCCCACGCUCUCCUCUCUCAGCUUCCCCCGUGCUUCCUUCUCAUCUCCUCUCUUUCUCCCGUCUCAUCCCCUCACGUGCUCCCUAACUCAUUUCCUCUCUUGCUCCUUCUCAUCUCCUCAUGCUCUCUCGUCUCAUCUCCUCACGCUCUCCCUCCCUUCUCAUCUCCUCAUGCUCUCCCUUCUCAUCUCCUCAUGCUCUCCCUUCUCAUCUCCUCAUGCUCUCCCUUCUCAUCUCCUCAUGCUCUCCUUCUCGUCUCCUCAUGCUCUCCCUUCUCAUCUCCUCAUACUCUCCCUUCUCAUCUCCUCAUGCUCUCCCUUCUCAUCUCCGCAUGCUCUCCUUCUCAUCUCCUCAUGCUCUCCUUCUCAUCUCCUCAUGCUCUCCCUUCUCAUCUCCUCGUGCUCUCCCUUCUCAUCUCCUCAUGCUCUCCUUCUCAUCUCCUCAUGCUCUCCCUUCUCGUCUCCUCAUGCUCUCCUUCUCAUCUCCUCAUGCUCUCCUUCUCGUCUCCUCAUGCUCUCCCUUCUCAUCUCCUCAUGCUCUCCUUCUCGUCUCCUCAUGCUCUCCCUUCUCAUCUCCUCAUGCUCUCCUUCUCGUCUCCUCAUGCUCUCCUUCUCAUCUCCUCAUGCUCUCCUUCUCGUCUCCUCAUGCUCUCCCUUCUCAUCUCCUCAUGCUCUCCUUCUCGUCUCCUCAUGCUCUCCCUUCUCAUCUCCUCAUGCUCUCCCUUCUCAUCUCCUCAUGCUCUCCCUUCUCAUCUCCUCAUGCUCUCCCUUCUCAUCUCCUCAUGCUCUCCUUCUCAUCUCCUCAUGCUCUCCUUCUCGUCUCCUCAUGCUCUCCCUUCUCAUCUCCUCAUGCUCUCCCUUCUCAUCUCCUCAUGCUCUCCUUCUCGUCUCCUCAUGCUCUCCCUUCUCAUCUCCUCAUGCUCUUCUUCUCAUCUCCUCAUGCUCUCCUUCUCGUCUCCUCAUGCUCUCCCUUCUCAUCUCCUCAUGCUCUCCCUUCUCAUCUCCUCAUGCUCUCCUUCUCAUCUCCUCAUGCUCUCCCUUCUCAUCUCCUCAUGCUCUCCUUCUCAUCUCCUCAUGCUCUCCUUCUCAUCUCCUCAUGCUCUCCUUCUCGUGCGGCGAGUGCUGCUCAUCAUGGUGGCACGGGGGGAGGUGGAGAACCGGCGACUGAGGAGGGUCAUAUACCGCAAGGUCUGA